AUGUCGAAAAUUGAUUCCAGCAAAAUUCAGUUGUUCACUUCACAUUCGAGAGCCGUGGCUACGAUUUCGCACCAGGCAUCCCGCGACCGAGUUACGCGUAUCAUCUCCCUUAGUGAUGUGGCGCCACAGCCAUCAUGGGGUACGUCAACCACUAACCCUGCCAGCAGCGAGCCCAACUCAGGGGAAUUCGAGGGAGAAAUCCUCAUCGUAGAUACUGUCGAACUGCACUCCUCUUCACCACCCACGCCAACUGCCACUAAACCUCCACUCUCCAGCUGCCCAUGGUUGUCACCCCCUCGUCCCGUUUUGCGGCGUCAGUCCACCUCCAACGUGAUGAUAACCUCACCGUCAGAAUCUCUUGCCUUCUGUUCAAUCUCUCCGCGGGCAGAACUUCUACCGAUUCCGUCUACUGCUGCUGUUUGUGGCAGCGACGCUAAUGGUAUCUCAAUAGCUCGAUCAUCCUCCCUUCGAACCUAUGCGGUCCCGAAUUCCAAUGGGACCGCCACUAUUACCAGCAGACAUUUCAGUAGCACGGCUGCUCCCUCAGUUGUGGGAAAAGUCAUGGCCACUUCGUCUCCGAUUCUUCCAUCUCACUCUUCUAUGCCUUGGUACUUUGGGGAAAUGGAUCGCGCGGAGGCCACUCAGCUCCUGACCGGAUGCGAGGAUGGCACCUUCCUCGUGCGUAUCUCGAAAAACGUCUCCCGAAUGGGCGAAUACUCCCUCUCUGUGGUGUAUCAUCAUCCGCGACACAUCCGAAUCCAACGAAGUGCUGACUCCUCCUUUUAUCUCUGCUCUCCUCAACGAUUCAAGUCGCUAGAGCAUAUGGCUUUGUUAAAGACGUCACCUGAACAAAUUGAAAAUUUCGCUGAUGUCAGUCUGAUCGCAAACGCACUGUGGCACAGGUUGUGUCGAUGUUUACAAAAUCGGCCAUCGUCCCACACACCAUUUGAUUACCUGUCUUUAUACCAUGGGACGACUUUCUCACACGACGGGGUUUCGAUUCAUUUUGCUCUUGUGGACUUCUACUGCCGAGUCUCGUUGAACGAGUGCUUCGAUGAAGUUCAAACUUGUCUCCGCUUCCCCUACCAACGGUGCCCUGAGGAGAGUGUCCUAUUUUACGCCCGGGCACAGCACGACUUUGGGGGAGACGCAAAUCCACGCAUGCUUUCCCUAACACGUGGAGAUUUGGUGCAUGUGAUCAGCACGCGGGGCAAUGAAAGGGGCUGGUGGAAGGGAUGGCUCAAUGGACGGGUGUGUUUUUUGCCUUUGUGGAGUUCCUUGGUACCUUUGAAGAUGGCAAACUCAGCCGUACCAUGA